CAAAACCAAAACCCCUCAAAAUUUCUCUUCUAAAAUAAACCCACCAAAACGACACCCUCCUCCUCCGCAUCCACCACCACCAUUUCACGGCGUUACGUAUGCUCUCACGCCGUUAACAUUCCUGAACCUAAUCGCUUUUUUUAUUAUUUUUAAGUUUCAGAGAUGUCUCGUGUUGUAGCGGAAAAUAGUAUAUCACCAGUUCCUGAUAAUAAUUUCCCCUUCUUUACUCAAUCCAUGGAGCUAAUCGACUUGUCGAACAGGACCUCCGGGGCGUCUCCCACACUCGGCCAGCUUUUGAAGCGAGUAGGCGACGUACGGAAAGAAGCAACCGGAGACGAAACUCCGGUGCAUCAGAUUCUUGACGUUAGCGACACCAGCAGUGUCGAGCCUCGUUCUCUACCGUUCGUUUUGUCGUUCAACAAUUUGACCUACAGCGUCAAGGUCCGCCGCAGGCUGGAGCUCCCGGCGAUAUUCCGCCGGCCUCGACACCACAGUCUAGGCGCCGCCACCGCGACGGAUCUCGUCGCGGGAGAGAGUCUCUUCUCCAGAACCAAGACUCUUCUCAAUGACAUCUCCGGCGAGGCCCGCGAAGGCGAGAUUAUGGCUGUGCUUGGCGCUAGCGGCUCAGGAAAGUCGACACUAAUCGACGCGUUGGCGAACCGUAUCGCUAAAGGGAGCUUGAAAGGAACGAUUACACUAAACGGCGAAGUUCUGGAGUCGAGGAUGUUGAAAGUAAUCUCCGCUUAUGUCAUGCAAGACGAUUUGUUGUUCCCGAUGUUAACGGUGGAAGAGACGUUAAUGUUCGCGGCGGAGUUCCGACUGCCGAGAACAUUGUCAAAGUCAAAAAAGAAAAUGCGCGUUCAAGCUUUGAUUGAUCAGCUAGGGUUACGAAAUGCGGCAAAAACAGUUAUCGGAGACGAAGGCCACAGAGGAGUAUCAGGCGGAGAACGACGUCGUGUUUCGAUAGGAAUUGAUAUAAUUCAUGAUCCAAUUGUUUUAUUUCUUGACGAACCGACUUCGGGGCUCGACUCCACCAGUGCUUACAUGGUGGUGAAGGUUUUACAAAGGAUCGCUCAAAGUGGAAGUAUUGUCAUGAUGUCGAUUCACCAGCCGAGUUAUCGGAUUCUAGGGUUGCUGGAUCGGAUGAUAUUUAUGUCACGUGGACAAACUGUAUACAGAGGUUCACCCAUGAGAUUGCCUCUGUUUUUCGCCGAGUUCGGCCAUCCGAUUCCUGAACACGAGAACCGGACCGAGUUCGCUCUUGACCUUAUCCGAGAACUCGAGGGCUCCCCCGGCGGGACGAAGAGUUUAGUUGAAUUUAAUAAAUCGUGGCAACAAAUGAAGCACACGAGAACUUCAGUCCAAGUAGCUGAGAGCAAUCAACAAGGACUCUCACUCAAAGAAGCCAUCAGUGCAAGUAUUUCAAGAGGAAAGUUAGUUUCAGGAGCAACCAAAAACGAUGCAAGUUCAACAUCAAUGGUGCCCAAUUUUGCCAAUCCCUUCUGGAUUGAAAUGGCUGUUUUAUCCAAAAGAUCCAUCAAAAAUUCACGUAGAAUGCCGGAGCUGUUCGGGAUUCGAUUGGGGGCAGUUUUGGUAACUGGGUUUAUUCUAGCCACCAUGUUUUGGCAGCUCGAUAAUUCGCCCAAAGGUGUUCAAGAAAGGUUAGGAUUCUUCGCUUUCGCCAUGUCAACAACUUUCUACACUUGCGCCGACGCCCUCCCGGUGUUUCUUCAAGAACGAUACAUUUUCAUGAGAGAGACUUCUCAUAACGCUUAUCGGAGAUCAUCUUACGUGUUAUCUCACGCUCUGGUGGCGUUACCGCCGUUGAUAUUUCUCUCAUUAGCCUUCUCCGCCACCACAUUUUGGGCGGUGGGGCUUGACGGUGGAGUUUCUGGGUUCUUAUUCUAUUUAUUGAUAAUCUUCGCCUCGUUUUGGGCGGGAAGUUCUUUCGUUACGUUUCUCUCAGGCGUCGUCCCUCAUGUUAUGUUAGGCUACACUAUUGUUGUUGCCAUUUUAGCUUAUUUUUUACUCUUCAGUGGCUUCUUCAUCAACCGCGACCGGAUUCCUGACUACUGGAUUUGGUUCCAUUACUUGUCACUUGUCAAGUACCCGUACGAAGCCGUUUUGCAGAACGAGUUUGACAAUCCGGUUAAAUGUUUUAUUCGAGGUGUUCAGAUUUUCGACAAUACGCCGCUGGGAGCGGUCCCGACUGCUAUGAAAGUGAAAUUGUUGGAGACAUUGAGCGGGACAUUGGGGAUGAGAAUUACGAGCUCGACGUGCUUGACGACGGGGUCGGAUAUAUUGCAACAACAAGGGAUCACGCAAUUGAGUAAAUGGAGUUGCUUGUGGAUCACUGUGGCUUGGGGAUUUUUUUUCAGGAUUUUGUUUUACUUUUCUUUGUUACUGGGAAGCAAGAACAAGAGACAGUAAGAUUAGUGGGGGAAGCUUAAUUAUUAUGUGUGCAAUUUGUAUUAAUUUUUCAAUUUUUAUUUUGGGCAUGUAUUCAUGUGAAAAUUGUUAAUUAAUCAUUUAUAUUAUUUGCUUUCGGAUAUGGAUAUAUUCGUUGGACCUAA